UUUAAGUUUCAUUUGUAUUAACACAGUUGUAAGAAUAGCCCUAAUGGCACGAGAGCACCCCAAAUAGCUAUCGAGUAACAUAAUGUGAACUAUCGAUAGACUAUCGCGGACCAGCGAUCGAUACCGGGAUCGGGACCGGCAUUGUGAGAAUUUGGAGGAACAGCGAGGAGUGAAAAAUUAAGAACAUUGUAUUUAAAGAAUAAGAAGCCAACUAACACGCUAUUAAAUAAAGCAUUUAUUUAUAUAACCGCGUGCUUGCCCCUUAUUUCAUCGGAAGAACCCCAUCACAACUUCAGAAGUGGGAUAAAGGAAACGUGCCUACAAUUUAAAGGAAUUUUUUUCACCACUCAUACAUUCAGCACAUAAGACUCCGGUAGCAGAAGGGAGAUAGCACUACAUAUUCGGUACAGUUAGAUUGCGGCGUGGCGUCGUAUUUUCGGCAGAAUAUGGACAAACACGAGGUUUCAGAGUGGCUGAUCGAAAAUAACAUUGAGUUUGAUCAGGCUGCAACAUUCAGACAGCUUCGGCAACUGGCAAUGGCAAAUGGCGCUAGCGUAGAGGAAUUACCUGAUGAAAGAAUCGAGAAUAAGGAAAUAAAAGCAAACGUUCCAGAAAUUUCGCCAGACGCACAAGCUAAGAGGCUGGAAGCCGAACGCCUUAUGAUAGAAGCAGAGAUAUGUUUGCUCCAGAGGAAACAAGCCCUGGAAGAACUGCGCAAGGGGAGCGAAUUGGCCAACUUCAAGGAGAUUAUGCAGAUUAUGGAACCGUAUGCAGGAAAAGUAAACAGCGCUCAUGCUUGGAUCGAAGAUUUUGAGCUGAACUGCAAGGGGACGGAUGCGUUUAAGCUCAGGUGCGUGCGACGCUUAAUGAAGGCGGACACGGACGCAGAAUCGUUUCUGAAAGUAAACAAGGCUACGUCGUAUGCUGCCUUUAAGAAAGAUUUCCUGGACACAUUCGGCAGGAUUUCCUCAAUGGUAGAGGUAAUAAACACGCUCAAAUCUACGUUUUAUUGCCCGGGAAAGAUGUCAGUUCUAGGUUAUGUGCUGCAAAUGCAAGAAAUCGCGCAACGAGCUCCGAUCGACGAAGAACAAGCCGUCCAGUUCGUGAUCGACGGGCUAAAGGAUGAUUCCGCUGACAUUGAUAUAUUCUAUCCGGCCAAAACUAUUGGCGAACUUGUGAAGCUGUCACACCGUUACGAAGAGAUGCGUAAAAAACGUUGGAGCGCAUCGGGACUCUUGGGACACAAGAGCAUUCCGGCCAAAGGAGGACCUGUACGUUGUUACAAUUGUUCGGGCGUGGGACACAUCGCCAAGGAGUGUACAGAGCCCAAGAGGAUGAAGGGCUCCUGUUUCCGUUGCGGAUCCAUGGGCCAUUCUAUCAAGAACUGCAAGGCCCCACCACCUUCAGGGAAUACAGCGGUGGCAUUAUCGGAUCAAUUCCGACAGGAAGAAACUACCAAGGAGUUAGACGAUAACGAAGUGGCAGUAAUAAACACGCGCAAUUAGUUUAAUACGUCACUCCGCAUUACCACUUCAAUUAAGAGAAAACAGUUUGAAGGAAACGAACUUUAAAGGAUUAGGAAGUUUUCGGUUAUGUACAUUUGGGAAGAUCUGGAUAUUUAUGUCAUUUUCUGGUAUUACGCACAGAAUAUUAUGUUACGUUGUUCCAGAUAACUACAUUCCAUAUCCUAUUUUAUGUGGAAGAGAUUUUUUAAGAAGAUUUAACCUAAAAUUAAAAUUUUGUGAACCUAUGGAAACGCCAAACAUUGAACUAAAGGCAAAUAAAUAUAAUUUGGAAAUUUCUGAAAAAAUUCUGCACUGCAUAUUCAGUUCGGUGAAAUCUGAUAGGACUAUUUUAAGUUGUAAUCUCUGCAAAAAUAAGUACAUUUCAGCUUCCGAAAAUCAAAACAAUAAGGUAGAAGUGCAGGUUAGGCCCUCAGCUUCAGAUCAUUCAGCUUCUGUGUGUUCCGACUAUUCAGAUUCCGAACCUUUAGAUUCCGACUAUUCAAAUCCCGAUAUGUUUAUAUACAGUAUUAACGUUCAGAACGAGGAAGACUUUUCUAUUAGUCCAAGUUUAAGCACUGAUCAAAUUAAAUCCGUUAAGCAAACUAUUAAAACAAACUACGUCGAUAGAGCAAAGAUACGUCCAGUAGAGCAUAAUUUUGAAUUGAAACUUAAGUUGAAAUAUGACGUUCCGAUAACAUCAGCACCGCGUAGAGUUUCAUACCACGAGCGUAAGAUACUAGAAACAUUAGUUAAUGAACUGUUAGAAGCGGGCCACAUACGGCCCAGUACAUCACCAUACUCUUCAGCAACCGUGCUAGUGAAAAAGAAAAGUGGAGAAAAAAGAUUAUGUGUAGAUUUUAGGCAGUUGAAUAAAAUUAUUGAAAGGGAUGGUUAUCCAUUGGCGCGCAUAGAUGACUGCCUAGAGAAACUGGAGGUCAAUCGUUUUUUCAGUAUAUUAGACUUAAAAAGUGGAUUUCAUCAAGUUAAGGUUGCCAAAGAUUCCGUUAAGUACACGGCAUUUGUGACACCAAAUGGUCAGUACGAGUACGUGAAAAUGCCGUUCGGAUUAAAAAGAGCACCCGCCUGUUUUAGACGGUUCACAGACUUUGUACUUCAGCCGUUGGUUAAGGAAGGCAAUAUUGCGGUUUAUAUGGAUGAUAUUGCAAUCGGCACCAAAACAUUUGAAGAGCAUUUAAUUUUAUUAGGACGAGUCUUAAGAAGGCUGACGGAAUUCCGACUGGAACUAAAACUAAAGAAAUGUCAGUUCUGCGCCACAGAGAUAGACUUUUUGGGGUUCAGAGUUAGUAAAAAGGGAAUAAGGCCUAAUGAAGAGCAUACAGUAGCAAUUAAGCACCUCCCGGUUCCAAAGACUGUGUAUGAA